AUGGAUGGAUUGGUGUAUAUUAACUUGAAUUGGGGUAUUACCUUACUCACUCAGACUAGUGCUGGAAUCCUUGGAAAUUCUUCACUCCUUUGCCUUUAUAACUUUACUUUCAUCAUGGCACAGAGAUUGAGACCCACAGACUUAAUUCUCAGCCAGCUGGUCUUAGCUAACAACUUGGUUAUUCUCUCUAAAGGGAUCCCUCAGACAAUGGCAGCUUUUGGAUUGAAAUCUUUCCUGGAAGAGGCUGGAUGUAAAGUUGUCUUCUAUUUACAAAGAGUGGCCAGAGGGGUUACUCUCAGCACCACCUGCCUCCUCAGUGGCUUUCAGGCCAUGAAACUUUGCCCCAGUAUCUCUUUGUGGAUGGAACUCAAAAUUAAAUCUCCAAAGUGCAUCAUUUUCUCCUGUUUUCUUUGCUGGAUCUUGCAUCUUGUGUUAAAUAUCUCGGUUGUAAAACAUGUAACUGGCCCAACAAAUAACAAAAAUAUGAGCAUGGAAAAAAUGUACAGAUACUGUUCCUCAACCAUUUCAGGAAGACUAGUAUUCUCAGUAAGUGCAGCCAUUUUCUUGUUCACUGAUGUUAUGUUUUGGGGCCUCAUGGUCUGGACUAGCAGCUUCAUGGUCCUUUUUCUGUACAGACACAAGCAAUCUCGUAGAUGUUAUUUUGGACAUCUUCGUGCUCACUCUGACUUGCCUGGCCCGUUGACGGCAGGCAGUCGUCAGGCUGACUCUUUAACACAUGUCUAUUUAUCUCAAACACAGCUGGUCCAGCAAUCUCAUGCCUUGCAUCAUCAGAAUAGCCAUACUCUGCGCUUACAGUUUCGAAUUUCUCGUGCUGCCGCUAGAGACAUUGAUGCCGAAAGUCCGCCGUGGCUCCCGGAGAGGCUGGUACACCAUGCAAACCCCGUCACUGACAGCACGGAUGAGACAUCUCACCCUGCAGGACACGGCAGGUGGUCUCCCGAGAACACGGACAGCUCAGCUCCCAACAUGGGGACAGAUAAAGAAACUCAGUCAUGA